GGAGAAUAAAACUACAUGUACAAUUUAGUACGGCCAUGAGUAUUAAAUAUGUCUUUAAACUAUGUGUUCUCUUCACGCAGAGAGGAUGAAAUAAGGAUUUUAAGAGGAAAUGAUCAUAUAGGAAAAAUUAUAGGAUAAUCAACUCGUUGGAAGGAGGUGUUAAAUCUAUGCUUGUCACAAGAAGAUUCAUUAAUGCUUACCUCAAAAUCUUGAGACUCUUUACUUCAACUUGAAGAGAUAUUCGGCGAAACAUGCAUUUUGCACUUUUGUUAAUAUUUCUUUUUGAAGAAAUAAUAGGUUCUGAAGUUUCAGAAAUGGAAUACAUAUAUGUUGAUAAGAAUAUGAGUUGGAUAGAAGCUAGAAACUUCUGCAAAGAAGAAUUUGGAGCACGUUUGUCGACAUUAGAUCAAACAAAUGUUGGAGCCUUUCAGCAAUCAUGUUUAAAUGAUGAUUUUCAAGAUAUGUGGACGAAUACAUUUAUUUCUUUUACACCAUUUUUGACUGUCGUUGGAUGCUUUGACAUACCAGACAAAAUGAGUUCUCUUAGUUUAAAUAGUCCUUCCAUAUACGAGUGCCAAUUACACUGCAGUAAUUAUUCUAGAUUUGCAAUUAAGAUGAACAAAUGCCUGUGCUUAAAAGGAAAUGAAAUCGAUGGAAAACAGAAACCUGCAAGUUUAUGUAAUAUAUCCUGUGAAGAAGGAACAUUUUGUGGAGGCAUUGACGACUGGAACGUAUACGCUGUCGUUGAGGGAGAAUCAGUCCAUAGAAUUGAUCCAUUAACAUUAGAGAAUACGUCUUGUUUAACCCAGCAGUGUAUAAACAAUAGUUAUCUAUUCAGGGAAAGGAAUUGCCUUGAUGUCAAAGUCUCUGAUGUUUCUUGCGAUGGUUUCUUCUCAUGUACGUUUGAACCCGGGGAGCCUUGCUUUUUGAUUCAGAACAAAAAUGACACCUUUGACUGGAUUGUGGCAACUAGUGUAAACAAUAGCCGCCCAGAUAAAGCCUAUGAGGGAGCAUAUUUCGCUUACGUGGAAGACGAUAAAUAUAGUCCAAAUCAAACAGCUUUCCUGACUUCUUCCAUUAUCAAUCCAGGUUAUACAUGUAAUUGGUGUUUACGUUUCCGAUACUUCAUCAGAAGUUAUAAUCCUACACCAUUAAAGAUUGUUGUCUACAAAGGAAAAAAGACUAUUGUUGAUCAGUUUACAUUAUCUCAAACAGAAGAUGAAUGGAGAUAUAAAACUAAAGAAUUAAACAUAAUUACCAAAGAACAUUUUAAGAUUUUCUUUGAGACCAGUAAACAAAAGGAAUGGAAUUCCACUAUCGCUAUAGAUGAUGUAACGAUGAUAAUGGGAAAAUGCAAUGAAUCACUCACUAAACUGCUGAACAUGAAAGGGAAUUUGCAAUGUACUUUUGAGAAAAAUAAAGAUACAUGUUUUAUACAGGAUCAAUCCGACGAUUUUGACUGGACCAUUCAAAAGGAAAGAACAAAAUCAGAUAAUACAGGACCUGUAAAUAGCACCGAGGGAAAAUACUAUAGCUACAUAGAAGCGUCGAAUAAAGGCCCUGGGGAAGAAGCCGUGCUAAUUUCAAACUUUGAACUAAUUGAUGUCUCUGUAAACAUAAGUAUGCAGUAUCACAUGUAUGGUCAAUAUAUAGGACGUCUAAGGUUGUACCUAAAAAACGACAAUAACACAGAGAUGACACUACUUAAUGUAAGUGGCGAUCAAGGCAAUUUAUGGAAAUCUUAUAUCAACAUCACAGAAGUUACAACAAAAUCAAAGGUUUACAUAGAAGCAAUACGAGGACGAGGAGCUCUAAGUGAUAUAGCAAUCGACGAUAUAAGAUUCAGGAUAACUGACGACCAUUCAAUUAGGAACUGGAAGAGUGCCAGUCAGAAAUGUAUAGGAAUAAUGGAAACAUACCCUGUAGCCAUCAAUCGGAUUAAAAACAGCACCUGUUGGCGAAACGGUCCAGAACAAUGGAUAGGUGUAAUCAAAGCAAGGAAAAUGUAUUCAGGCAAAGACGAUCAAGGAAGAAAUCCUACAUCGGUGGGGCUGCUGAGAACAACAAACAACAUCACAACUACGAUUUGGGAAGAAUUAGAACUAAAUAAUCUAAGAUCAUUUGCUUGCGAAUCAGAAAGAUUGAAUUCAACCCAAAAAUGCAAGCCACGUGUUAAGGGAAUCACCUUCGACAAAUUUAUUACUGAUGGAUCUUUUGAAACAUUAAUGAUACCUGUCCUCAUUGGUUCUCUGUUCUUCAUUAUUGCAAUCAUUGUUGGGAUUUCUGUUCUUUAUAAACGGAAGAAAGAUAGCGAGAAACACAGAAACAUUUCCUCUGUAGAAUUAUCGACCUUAGCAAACACUAGUAAGCAUCAAGAAACAUUGUCUGCUGGAAAAAACACAAUGAGUCCCAAACUAUUGGAAGAAGACUACGACCAUCUCCACGACGUAAACAAUACUAUGACGUCACAAAAAGAUGGAGUCUAUAGUCACAUGUCAGACAAUCAAUACGGUGUACAAGAAAAAGAAUUAUCGGCUGAUACGUAUGACUAUCCAGCAAGCUCGGAAAAUGAAUAUGGAGCAUCACAACAUCACAAGCCUAACAAUAUUAUGACGUCAACCAAAGAUGAUCUUUAUAACCACAUGUUAGACAAUCAAUAUGGUCAAAUUGAAAAUGCAUCUCAUGAUACAUAUGACCACACCAUGAGGUUGGAGAAUGAAUAUGGAGCUCAACACAGUAAUCAGAAUCUGAAUGACACAUACGACCGUCCAGUACUCAAUGCCGUCGACAAUGAGUGCAGUUAACAAAAUUUAGCAGAGUCAGAACUAUUUUUAUAAUACUGGUUGAACAAAAAUGAAAAUAAACAAACAAAAAUAAA